AUCGCACGGAGCACCCAUGCGUGGCGUCUUUCCCCUGCGCGGCUUCGUGCUCGAAUCUCCUUCAUCGCGUUAGCGUCAAGAACGGGGAGUGAGCUCCGCAUCUUGCAAAUGGCAGGAAGGAACCCCUCCGCCUGAGCGUGACUCGCUGCUCGACAAGCUGCUUUAACAACCCGGUCCCGGCUCCUGAAACGGCAGUGCUGGAAUUCCAUUAGUGGCCGUCACGUUCCCCGGCCACCUGCUUCCUUCCAGGCCAUUCUCUUCUAGUAGUCUUCUUCUCCCUCCUCCCUCCUGCAGCCCCCUGGCCACCUCCAUUCCUGCGCUCCCGACCAGACACGGACAGGCCUUCUCUUUUUGGAUCCUUUGCGCCCUUCUCUCUCUCUCUCUCUGCGAUUCAUUCGCGGCAGCUCGUCAGAGCGAAAUCCACCGCCGCUGCUCUCGGCGCGAUGUCGUCGGCCGCCGUGAGCGCAGCCUCUUCUUGCCCCGCCAAGCCCGAGGAGGAGGUGGAGCAGCCGCGGCUUCCGCCGCAGGGGAGGGAGGGGUGCAGCUCCGCCGCCGCCGCGGUGGACCGGAAGCUCAGAGAGGCGUCGCUGUGCGCCAGCACCGCCACCGAGGAGGAGACGGAGGAGGACGACGACGACGAGGAGGCGGCGGCGGAGGCCAAGGACGGCGUCGAGCUCGGCCCCAGGGUCAGCAUCAGGGAGCAGCUCGACAAGGACAAGGACGACGAGAGCCUGAGGCGAUGGAAGGAGCAGCUCCUGGGCAGCGUGGAUUUGAGCUCCGUCGGAGAGACGCUGGAGCCGGACGUGAAGAUCACGGGCCUGUCCAUCCUGUCCCCCGGCCGGCCGGACAUGGUGCUGCCGCUGCCGCCGGAGCCCAAGAGCAAGGAGCCCUGGUUCACGCUCAAGGAGGGCAGCGCAUACAGGCUCAAGUUCACCUUCGCCGUCGCCGGCAACAUCGUCUCCGGCCUCCGCUACACCAACACCGUCUGGAAGACCGGCAUCAGGGUGGACAGCACCAAGGAGAUGCUGGGCACCUUCAGCCCCCAGACCGAGCCCUACACCUACCUGACGCCCGAGGAGACCACCCCGUCGGGGAUCUUUGCCCGGGGAUCAUACUCUGCAAGAACAAAAUUUCUCGACGACGAUCGCAAGUGCUACCUGGAGAUGAACUACACCUUUGACAUCCGACGGGAUUGGCCGUCAAGCUGAUGAGCAGCGUGCUUUUUCAAUCCCUGACUGAUUGAUCUGCUUUUAUUGGGGGUACAAGCUUUGGUUCUCGUCUUCUCGAGGUCCCAAGCUGUUGCCAUGGCUUAAUAACUUGAUGACAAACUCUGAUGUGUGUUCGAUUACAGCUCUGCUAGUCAGCUGGUAGCUUCUGUUCGGUUCUUUCAGUUCUGGGUAGUGCGCCUUGGAUGUUUUGUCGCAGAAGCUGUACUGUUGUAGCCAUUUUCUUCUAGAAACAGUUUGACGGUUUUCAUACAUCUCGAACUACAAGAUAGGCCCUGGUUCAUCCAAUUAAUUCACAUCAAACUGAAAUAGGAAAACAACUUUACUCACCA